AUGCUAACGUUCCAAAAAAAAUAUAUAGGUGAGGCGCUGUUUUCCCAGGAGAUUCAGGAAGCAAUGUCUGAAAGUGGAAUCCAUAAGCUCUAUACACAUCAGGCAGAAGCAAUUUCUGGCCUAAGAAACAGGCAACAUGUCAUUACUACCACAUCUACAGCCAGUGGGAAAUCACUUGUAUACCAGCUCUAUAUAUUGGAAGCCUUGCUUGACAACCCCCUCUCCACAGCUCUACUGAUAUUUCCUACAAAGGCACUUGCACAAGACCAGCUAGCCUCAUUUAAAUCCUGGUUAUUGAAAUGUCCAAGCCUUUCAAACAUAAAAGCGGUUACUUUGGAUGGUGACACACCUACUCAAGAGCGUGCGCUGAUUCGAAAGAAUGCUAGUGUAAUCUUCACCAAUCCUGAUGUGCUCCACUAUGCCAUCUUACCCAACUCGUCUCACUGGAGGCCUUUUCUCACUCAACUUUGUUUUAUUGUUAUAGACGAAUUGCAUAUCUAUAAUGGGUCGUUUGGAUCAAAUGUGGCUCUGAUUCUAAGAAGAUUGCGCCGAGUGUGCCAUUAUUUCGGUAACACUUCCGCUCUUUGUGUGUCCUGCAGUGCGACUCUCCAAGAUCCAGAAAAGCAUAUGCAGCAAGUAUUAGGCGUUGAUAAUGUCAAGACGGUAGAUCAAGACGGCGCACCAUGUGGGAAAAAGGAGUUCAUUCUCUGGAAUCCUCCACUGUUAAACCCUGAGGAUAAAGAUGGUGUAAGAAGGAGUGUGAUACUGGAAUGUGCAGAUAUCUUGGAAUACCUGUUGUCUCGUAAUGUGAGAACCAUUGCCUUUUGCAAGACGAGAAAAACGUGCGAAUUGUUAAUGAGACAAAUGAGGGAGAAACUUUCUCAAGAACCAGAUAGGCUCAAGAAACUCAUGUCUUAUCGAGGGGGAUACACGCCCCAAGAAAGAAGGCGCAUCGAACAUCAAUUAUUUAACGGACAGCUCUUGGGCGUCAUUGCAACCAAUGCACUUGAAUUAGGCAUCGAUAUUGGAUCUCUUGAUGCUGUGGUUAUGAUAGGCGUUCCAUGGUCAAUAUCAUCAUUGUGGCAACAAUCAGGAAGGGCAGGAAGACGCCACACAGACUCCCUCUCGAUAGUGAUAACAAACAAUGACCCGAUGGACCAGUAUUAUGCCAAACACCCAUCUGCUCUAUUUGAUCAGAAACCGGCACCACUUCAUUUACACAUCGGGGAGAAGGAAGAUUCAGCACUGCUAGAACGCCACCUGCAGUGUGCGGCAGAAGAAUGGCCACUCGAUAUCACAAAAGACACGAUGUUCUUUGGUCCAAAUAUCAAGACUAUCUGUGAGGAGCAUCUAGUUCCAAUUGACAACGGGCUCUAUAGACCUCAUCAUAAAUUCAGACCAUAUCCGGCUGAAUUUGUACCCAUUCGAAACAUCACUGAAGAAAUAUUCGUGGUUGUCGAUAUCACUGAUAAGAAUGAAUACAAAAUCCUUGAAGAAAUCGAAACGAGUCGGGCACCUUUUGAGAUCCACAAAGGCGCUAUUUUUAUUCAUCAGGGCCAGACAUAUCUUGUCGAUGAAUGCAACAUCAUCCAACGCUGUGCAACUGUUCAUCUAGUUCGAGUAGAUUGGACCACCAGUCCACGUGAUUCCACCAAUGUCAAUACAGUUCGUGUCACAAACACAAAGUCAAUGCAUUGCACACAACACACCGUGUCUCUCGGAAGCGUACAAGUGGAGACUGUGGUGUUUGGUUAUCACAAGGUCGACAAGUACAAUAGAAUUAUAGACUCUCUCGAUGUUUAUAUGGAUCCUGUCGUUCAAAAUGCAACGGGUGUAUGGACAGACGUUCCCUAUCUUGCAUUGCAGAGAUUAGAAACCCUGGAAAUCAAUCCAAUGGCAGCUAUCCAUAGUGCAGAACAUGCGUUAAUCAAUGUGUUACCGAGAUUUGGAAUAUCUUCCAACGGAACCCUCAAAAUUAAAUGCAAAAGUCCCCACAAAGACUUACCUACAAGAAUCCUGGUGUACGAACUUCAAUUGAAUGGAGUUGUACAAAAGGUAUAUCAAAUAUUUGAGUCUCUACUAAAAACUUCAGCCGAUAGAAUUCAACAAUGUUCCUGUGAACACGGAUGUCCCACAUGUAUUCAGCUGUCUGCAUGUUCAGAAGGAGACCUUCUGCACUCAAAGAAAGGCGCCUUGAUUAUCUUUUGGGCAUUACUUGGCAAACUAUAA